GGAGUUGAAAAAAAGUAAGAAAAAAGACAAGGGUGGCUAAUUAGUUGGGUCCUGUGUCUCAGUCAGUCCUUUUCCUUCCUUCCUUCCUCCUUCCCACCUUUCUCUCUCUCUGACCGUUUCAUUCCCACUUUCAGCUUCCUUUCAUUCGACGUCGUCGUUUCAUUCCGUUACGACUUUUCCCCAAAUCUGAAUGAAAUGCAUGCUCCUAAAUCCACCACCGCAUCUUCUGAAUCCAAACCUGCUUCAGAUCACGUCGUCGAGCUCAUUGUCCGCGACGCAUCACAACCACAACCACAACCACCACCACCACAACCACAAUCUUCUUCCGACGAGUCUCGUGAUAAUGCUAAAGACCAAAUUGCCCCUCUCCUCUCCCGCACUGAUAGACCAAAGAUCAACAUCUUCACCGCUUCUUAUCCUCGAAGAAAGCCUAGAGAUGAAGUAACAAGAUUACUCGAGUCUGAGACAUCUCCUUUUACUCAGAUUAUAUUGUGGAUAUGGAAUGGGUCCAGAUACUCUGGUUUACUUUGCAUGGCCUUAUCAUCCCUCAUUUACUUUCUUAUGGGAGUUCUUUCCGAUAUUUUUUCUGUUCAGGCAAUUCCUUUGUUUGAGACUGCUUUUACAAGAUGUACAAUUGUCUUGAUACUGUCAUAUUUUUGGUUGAGAAGGAGCGAACAACCACUGUUUGGAACAUCCAAUGUUAGAAUCAUUUUACUUUUAAGGGCCAUUGCAGGCUGUAUAUCAAUGUCUAGUUUUGUAUAUUGCUUUCAGAAGUUGCCUCUUGUUCAGGCUAUUGUGUUGAAUUCAACAACUCCAGUUAUGGCAUCAAUAAUGGCACGAUUCUUUUUGCGUGAGAAAUUGAAAAUUGCAGAUAUUGCAACUCUUGCUUGUAGUUUCUUUGGCGUGCUCUUUUUCUUCCGAGAAAUGCUGGCCACGCAAGGACAGUUAGCCAAAGUUGAGGAAGCAAACAAUGCAAAUGCUAAGCCAAGUCAUCAUAUAUUUGCAAUCCUAGUGGGCAUAUUUUCAUCAAUAAUUGGUGGAACCAGUUACUGCCUUAUUAAGGCUGGAGCUAAAGCAUCGGACCAGCCACUAUUGACUGUCUUUUCAUUUGGCAUACUGGCUAGUCCUGCUAUGGGAAUAUGUACAUAUAUCUUCGAGGAUUUUGUGCUACCGAGAGUUCAGUCAAUUAUACUUAUGGUUGUACUUGGUAUUCUGGCCUUCUUUGCUGAGGUAUUGUUAGCACGGGGACUACAACUUGAGAGGAUGGGUAAAGUUAUCAACAUCCAGUACAUGGAGGCAGCACUAACCCAGUUUUGGAGCCUUGCUUUGGCAUUUCUGACUCCAGCUUUUGAUCACCUCAUUGGGAUUUUACUUAUUGUUAUAUCUGUAUCUUGUACCAUGUACAUAGGACCUGACAAGGAGAUGGAUGAUAUGAAUUGAGAUUUAACUCAUGUAUUUGUGUUGUUGGGUUUGCAUCUAAUAUGAUGUGAUUCAUUUGUUAUA